ACCCUUCUCCUUCCCACCACAACCAUCUUGGUGGGUUUUUGGUUUCGUGUUAAGCUUCCGCACCCGUCUUCGUCAUGUCCAAACUAUACGUUGGAAACCUUAGCUGGAACACCACGGACGAAAGUCUGCGCGACGCAUUCUCCGCUCAUGGGCAAGUCACCGAUGCCAUCGUCAUGAAGGAUCGCGAGACCGGUCGCGCGCGAGGCUUCGGAUUCGUCACCUUCUCCUCUCCCGAAGAGGCUCAAGCAGCCAUCGACAACAUGAACGAGUCCGAUCUUGAAGGUCGUCGCAUUCGCGUCAACAUCGCCGAGCAACGCGGUGGCGGAGGAGGUGGAGGCUAUCGCUCCGGCGGAGGAGGCGGCUAUGGCGGAGGAGGUGGCUAUGGUGGAGGAGGAGGAGGUGGCUACGGUGGAGGCAACGGUGGUUAUGGUGGAGGUACGCCCCCUGCAGCUUCCGAUAAGGCUUCUAUUUAUCUUCUAUCUGCAGGCGGCUAUGGUGGUGGCAACAACGGUGGCUCCUGGUAAAAGAUGAUCUAGCCGUGCGAUUGUUUGUACGUUUCUUCUACUCGUCCUCGGACCUUGUGCUCAAGCAUUUGCCAGUUGAUCCCUGUUCCAAUGCUUUGAAGCCUGUACAAGUCACACAUACAUGUAACACGUUUUCUGAGAAAUGUCACUGGUACCUCAUAAUACCGUACGCGGCGCGUCGCGUCGAGCACGUGAUCUCACCUCCAUCGCAGAUCCAAAACCUGUUUCAUAUGCUUUGACUAUCACUGCGACCUCGGUCAAUGCAUUUGAUCCCUGGAUUCGUUGGACACACGACCAGUUCAACAAUCGUAGUCGCUGCUGUUCACGCUUCCGCUUCCGCCGUCGCGUCCUUGUUACUUCCACUAUCCUCCUAUCCCCCAGAUAUCGUUCAUGGCUUCUGUUUCCCCUCAAAGCAAUCAAUGAAGAUAAUCAGUCGGGGCGAGUCUGAUCCCGUGGGAUUCGGACGCGGAAACCGAGCAAAGAUCUCUUCCCGCUACCUAUUAAAGAUCAAAGGGCGAAGUCACACCGCUUUCCCUGCUGCUGACAGCAUUCAUGUUAUCUUUCUUCUCCCUGGCCCUGUUGUUCCCUGCCAGUCUCUAUGCCCUCUCGAUGUCAGGAUGGGCUCUCCUCCGUGCUUGGUCACGCAAGAAGCAAGUUGGCAUCACCGAACUGGACCUCUUCUCCCAGCCGAGGUCUUCGACGGAGAGGAUCCCCGGUACCGCUGUGGUAUGCGGCGGAAGGUGUGUCUCGCGUAUCUGGCUCUCUUGAUGAGCGGCGAUCGGACAGUCUCUAGCAUCGCAGGGCUUCUUACGGCUCGCGUGUGCCAUGAUCAUUUCGAGCGCGUCGUCGUCGUCGACCCGGAGGGCUGGAUCUUCACGGAGGACGGGUGUGAUGUGAACAACGCCCGGACGCGGACCCGAGUGGCUCAGUAUCUCUCAUUGCACAGUCCGUCGCCACGCUCGUCGCUCGUCGGCUCUAUCUGAAUCAUAGCGGAUUCAGACUUCCAAUCCUUUGUCGUUCUUGUGCUCCAGCGCCUAUUCCCCAAUCUAGCGGAGGAAUGCGGCCAGUGCGACAUUCCCAUUCGGCCGUUUGCGAUUCCGCUACAUCUCGCCGGCGUCCGACACCGACAGCCGGCUGCAACUUCUGGCGGGAAGUCGCCGCUCACGCUGGAGACUACACGUGUGGGAUUCGAAGCUCUACUUCGGCGCCUCGUGAUGAACCGCGAGAGGUACCCCAACAUCCAGUUCGUUGCUGGCACGGUGACAGAUGUGGUUCCCGAUCCGGCAAACUCUUCACGUCUGUCCAAAGUGCUGGUCCGGCCGACGAACGGUAGUACGAUGGAGCUCCCAGCAGAUCUAGUUGCCGGUGCGCUAUCGUGCGACGCUACCCGGACUGACUAGACUAGCUCAUGGGAGCUGCAGAUUGCACCGGCUUGACGCGAGCGGGCAUGAGAUGGCUGUCGAAAUGCGGUUACGGCCUUCCAUCGCCUAUGCGGGGGAGGCUCCCGCUCGACGAGUUGAAGAUCGAACUGGACCAGAAGCUCCGGUAUUCAACGCUCACGUUCCCUGUGUCCGAGGCACUCUUUGCUCAGCUUCCUUUAUCGGACGAGUGCCGGACGCGCUGUGUGCUUUAUGUGACUUUCGAAGAGCAGACGGCUACCACGUUGGCGAAAGGCCCUGCGCUGAUUACGUUGGAAAGGGUGCCCGGAAAGAUGGUCUUGUUCUUUGCGCACUAUGGCCAUCGGCGCAUACAGCCGCGAUCCCUCGCCGAGGCCAAGGAUUAUCUCGCCGACCUGGAGAUGCGAGUACCCAUCCCGGACUGGUUCUAUGAGACACUUGAACGACUGGAAGAGGUGGGGGAUCCUGUGGUCUCUACGAUUCGAGUUCCGCCGACCAGCUUCAUACGCUAUCACCUUGCGCACGAUCUGCCGUCCAACUUUGUUGCGCUCGGAGACAGCGUCAUGAACAUCAACCCCACGUUCGCUGAAGGAACCAGCAAAGCUGCGCGAUGCGCCUUGGCACUGAAGAAAUCGCUCCUCGCCUUACCAUCAGGUGUUCGCGUGCUGCCCGCUGACUUUGGAGCCAAGUUCUUUGAGGAACAGAACGCGAAGACGGCCUGGAUGUGGGAGUCCACUCGUGUCAACGACUACGGGCAGCCUACCACCGAGCCCAUCAAAGGCGAGAGCCUCUCUUCGGGUGCUCUUCUGCGUUGGUAUUCCCGUCACCUCAUGAAGCUCACCGCUACGGACGAGCUGGCCGCCUGGGCAUUCUAUACAUUCCAGGUCGGGUACGGGUCUGGAAUCGAAGGAUUCCAUCCACAUGUCGUGGCCAAAGUACUCUGGAACGCGUUCACAGGCCACUGGCGGAGUGACAUGUUGCGCAAGUAGAUAGAUCGUCAGAGUUUGGACAUUGGAUCAGUCAAUGCGCCGCGCGCUGCCCAUCACGGUCCGCGACGCGUCGAGCACGUGCUCUCUAGUCCCUUGGAAGUAACAGGAAAUCCACUUGAUGCCCAAAUCCUUUGCCACACUCCGCUCUCUCUCGAAAUGAGCUGACGCAGAUCAUCCUACGGGCUGCAGAGCAGGAAGCGAUCGAGGCUUGUGGCCGAGGCUUCCCCACCGCGGUGGGUCUUGGGUCUACCCCCGCACUGGUCGAGCAUCUGGAUCAAGUCACACUGAGAUGAGUCGAAGUGGCGUAAGACCCAUCUCCGGAAAGGGAAGGGGCGAACAUCCCAUCACUAACGUCGCGAAGCCGCAUCUAGGUUGCGUAGGAUUCAACGAUGUAGGGAAGAGUCGGGACAACUUUCUCUACGCAAUGGCCGGAUCUUCAUUCUGAGCACCUUGCAGCUCACUAAAUAAGAUCUUCUGCCACGGCGAUAUCAACGCCAGAUAGACUCGAUGGGAUUGAGCACUUUCAAGAUGCACCGCAGAUGAGAGAUCGGGGGAUAGCUUGUAUAAUGAAGUGCGGAGGACUUGACAGUACCGUUCAACAUCAGCGCAACGUUGUACAGGCGACCCAUGCGAAAGCAGCAAGGUGUACAAGAACGAUAUCAAUCCGUCCUUUCCCCGAGAUACGCAGUUACAAAGGCGCCCACUCCGAGUACAGAGCCGCGACUAGUUUAGCUUCUCGCAGCACCCAAUUCGGUGUCUACGUGAAAACCAACAGCUGCUGUUGUCAAGUUCUGGUUUAAACCGACCCCCCUAAAUUAGCCUGGUUAUUUUAUUGUAGGUUCACAUCAUGCAAAUGUCAGGUCCAUCCAUCCCGAAGUCUACAGUCUACCAGGGCCACCACCUCCGCCCGUUGCUGUUCGAAUGUUCUCGCUUGCUGAUCACCGUCUCCACGGUCGUCAGCCCCUGCUUCGUCGUCGUCACGUACGACACACGGUUGUUGCGCAGCUUGCGCUUGGGGAGCAUGUUCGGCGUCGGAGAGAGCCUGAAGAGCGGCGCGACGGGCGUCCCGUCGAACUGGAACAGAUGCAGCUUCGGGCCGAACGUCACGUCGGUGAAGAUGCGCCACGACUGGUACAGCUCCGUCACGUUGUAGUUCUGGAUGAACGACGAGCUCUUGCCGCAGGACGACUGCACCUGCUGGUAGCCGUCGCCCGCGGGCGUGAGGACGAUCGACCCGUUCAGCAGCAGCGCGUAUGUGCCAUGCGCCCACACGAGCGUGCUGACGAUGCAGCUCGGAUCCGA